AUGAUAGUCAUGGCGAAUGCGGAGAACACUGCGGAGAACAUUGCGGAGACAGUCAUCAGCAGCAGUGACACAACAGACUUACUCUCCACGAUCUCACAUCAAUCCACUCAGCCAGUGCAAGAGAAGUCAAUACAGCAGGCGAAUGCGGAGAACACUGCGGAGAAACCAAGCGGCAACAAGGCCCCCAGCACCAAGAACACGGCUCAGCUCUCCAAGAUCCCACGUCAUAUGCUCUUCACGGUUCCACAUCAAAUCAUCACUCAGCAAGCGGAGAACACCACUGCAACUUGGCCUAUCAUCCCCACUGCAUUGAGGAGCAAGAGGAGGAACUACAACAGGCAAAUGCGGAGAACACUACGGAGAAACCAAGCGGCAACAAGGCCACCAUCGUCAAGAACACGGCUCAGCUCUCCAAGAUCCCACGUCAUAUACUCUCCACGGUUCCACAUCAAAUCAUCACUCAGCAAGCGGAGAACACCACUGCAACUUGGCCUGUCAUCCCCACUGCAUUAA